AUGCCCUCAACAAAGUCCUGCCGGUCGCUGGCUCUCGUGUUUCUGGUUCUCCAGCUAGCUGUUGCUAUCGUGAAGGCAACGUCGGCCGCCGAGGUUCUUUCGCAGGUCCCGACAUGUGCUUCUGAGUGUAUCAGCAGCACAUUCUUCAUGUCCGCCUGCGAUCCAGAAGACGUGACUGCUUGUAUCUGUUCUAGCAUUGCCGUCCAGGCGGAACUAUCGGCAUGUGUGCAAACACACUGUCCGUUUGGGGAUCAACUAACUGCCGCGACGGUGGAAGGAGUCCUAUGCGAAGCGUAUCCCAAGGAAUCCCGGAGCUUGGAAGUCCGACGUACGCUCAUCAUCAGCUGCAGUCUCGUGUUCAUCAUCGUGGCACUUCGCCUUUUUACGAGGAUGAAGUACGCCGGUGGCCUGUGGGGGGACGACUAUACGACCAUCUUCGCGGCGGCCCUGAUGAUCACUCUGACUGCAGUCUACCUGCACAUCACAAGCAUUGGUUUCGGCAUGCACUACUGGACGAUACCGGUGGGGAACGGCAUUGUUAUCCGCAAGAUGCUUUACGUUGGAAACUUGGUUUACACUGUCCUUCAAGCUGCCGUGAAGCUGUCGAUCGUGCUUUUCCUCGGCCGCAUCUUCCCGUCACAAACCUUCCAGAGAAUCGCUCAGGGAAUCGAGGUCAUCCUCCUGCUUCACGGCACGCUCUUCACCAUCCCAUUUGCGGUGCAAUGCACGCCCGUACAAUCGAUCUGGGAUCGCACCAUCACCGACCGCCGCUGUCUGAACUUGCAGGCGGUGGGAUACAGCAGCGGCGGACUGGCCAUGGCGGAAGAUAUCGCCAUCUUACUCCUGCCGAUCCCCCACGUUUGGCAGCUGAAGAUUUCUCUCCCGCGGCGCCUGACAGUUAUUGCGCUGUUCAGUGUCGGUUCCUUCGCCUGCGUGACAUCGGCCAUCCGGAUCAAGUAUCUGGUGGAGUACAGUACUACGUUCGAUGAGACGUGGGACCAUGUCGACAUUGUGGUAUGGUCAUUCAUUGAGCAGUCCAUGGCGAUGCUAUGUGCGAGUUUACCCACUCUGCGUUUGCUACUUGUCCACAUCGCGUCCCGACGUCGUCCCGGAUCGUCGGAGAGCUUUUUUCACAGAGAGACUCCGAAACAAAUGUGGCGUUGGUCUUUUGAGAGAUUGAGACGAUGCAGAAUGCGGAAGCAAAAAGACAGCGAUCCCGCGCCCCGACAAACAGGUGAGGGAGUUCUCGUAACGACAACGGUGGAGGUCGACCGCCAGUCCUACAUGGCCAUUGACGUGCCGCCUUUUCCACCGCCUGCCUACUCUGGGCCGAGGAACAAUGCAUAA